GAAGCGCUAGGAUAUACCCCCUGACUUUUUAGAAAGAAGAGUACUCUGUUUAAAAAAAAAAGAAAGUCGUAGGAGAAGAUCAUCAGAGCGGUCAGUCGGACGCUUCCUUCUGCGAAGAGGACUGGGAAGGGAAACACGACAGUGGAAUUGAAACAUUUACUGGCCAAUUGUUGUUUUUAGGGUAGGAGUGGCCAUGCCAUUCGGCUGUUUAACGGUGGGGGAGAAGAAGGAUUAUAACAGUCCAUCAGAGGUGGCAGAUAAAUAUGACCUGGGACAGAUUGUUAAAUCGGAAGAAUUCUGUGAGAUUUUCCGAGCCAAGGACAGGAACACGCUGAAAAUGUUCACCUGUAAAAAGUUCCUGAAGAAGGAUGGGCGGAAGGUCAGGAAAGCAGCCAAGAACGAGAUUCUCAUUUUAAAGAUGGUGAAGCACCCAAACAUUUUGCAACUUAUCGAUGUCUAUGAAACCAGAAAAGAGUACUUCCUGUUUCUUGAACUUGCUACAGGCAGAGAGGUGUUUGACUGGAUCCUCGAUCAGGGAUAUUACUCAGAGCGAGACACCAGCAAUGUCAUCAGACAGGUGUUGGAAGCAGUGGCCUACCUGCACUCCAUGCAAAUUGUCCAUAGGAACCUUAAGCUAGAGAACUUGGUGUACUUCAACCGUCUGAAGCAGUCAAAAAUAGUCAUCAGCGAUUUCCACCUUGCCAAGCUUGAGAACGGCCUCAUCAAAGAGCCAUGUGGGACUCCGGAAUAUUUAGCUCCUGAGGUGGUUGGGAGGCAGAGGUACGGCAGACCAGUGGACUGCUGGGCCCUGGGCGUCAUCAUGUACAUACUGCUGUCUGGAAACCCUCCUUUUUAUGACGAAACCGACGAUGAUGACUAUGAGAACCAUGACAAGAACUUGUUCCGUAAGAUACUGGCAGGAGACUACGAGUUUGACUCCCCAUACUGGGAUGAUAUUUCAGAUUCAGCAAAGGGACUGGUGGCUCGUCUAAUGGAAGUAGACCAAGACCAGAGACUGACUUGCCAGGAGGCCAUCAACCAUGACUGGAUAUCAGGGAAUGCAGCUUCAGACAAGAACAUUAAAGAUGGUGUCUGCGCACAAAUUGAGAAGAACUUUGCCAAAGCCAAGUGGAAGAAAGCCAUACGCGUCACCACCAUCAUGAAGAGGCUGAGAGCACCGGACCAGAGCAGCUCAGCAUCAGUCAGUCCGUCCGCGGACCCCGCCACGGCCGUCACGCCUGCCACGGAGAGCCCAGACGCCCCUGCUCCAGUCACACAGGCCCCCAGCGCUGAUCCACAAGCCACCACCGGAGCUGAGGGGCCCGGCAGCGCCCCCGCCCCACCCCCUGACUCCGCACACACCAGCCCUGAGCCCAUCCCCGAGGAGGCAGACCCGUCAUCGCGGUGCAACGGGGAGUCCCUAGCGCCCCAGCUACCCGCUGCUAGUCCCGGAGAUGAGCAGAAUGGCUAA